CCGGAGAAGCCGACAGCCUCAUAUCAAAAACAAGCAGCUAAGUUGCGUUAGCUAGCUCCCCUGUCUAACAGCAGACAGUUGGCCCGCAGCCGGCGGAUCGUCACUCCAACUUUUGGGAAGCAACUUUUGGAAACAACACGAGUUGUUUUACUUAGUCAGACAGACAAACCCCCCCCCCCCAAAAAGUCAUGGCGUGUGGAGCCACCCUGAAGAGGACCAUGGAUUUCGAUCCGCUGAUGAGUCCUACCUCCCCUAAAAGACGAAGAUGCAUUCCCGUACCCCCAUCGUCUUCGUCCUCAUCCCCUAGGAAGUAUCUAAGCAUGGAGCCCUCGCCAUUUGGGGAGUCGUCGUCAACACUUAGUGCAGAACAAAUCCUUAACAGCAUCAAGCAGGAGUACAAACGCAUUCAAAAGAGGAAGCAUCUAGAUGGAGGCUACCAACAGUCAGAGUGCUGCUAUUCUCCAGAGUCCCCAUCCCAGUCGUCUACUAUGAAUGUUUCCAGCUUGGCAGGAACGUCCUCUGGAGGCGUUUCUCCAACCAGAAAAGAACAGCCAUUAUUCACCCUCAGACAAGUUGGCAUGAUCUGCGAACGCCUGCUGAAAGAAAGGGAAGACAAGGUGCGGGAGGAAUAUGAGGAGACCAUGACUUCAAAAUUGGCAGAACAAUAUGACACUUUUGUGAAGUUCACACAUGAUCAGUUAAUGCGACGAUUCGGGGAGCAACCUGCAAGCUAUGUUUCCUGAGUGUGGCACAGAGAUCUUUUGCAAGACAGCCUUCUCUUGCUGCAAGCUAUCAUGUGAUAUCUCAAGAAAGGGGGGGGGGGGGAAGCUCAUCAUUGUAAGAGAUUCAGUUUAGCUAGUUUAAAUGAAACUUUUCUUACUGUGCCAUAUUUCUGUCUUUGGGCAAAGGUUUAUAUGAAGCUGUUGUCAGUUGUUACCACUCUGUUGUAAGCAACUAGGUGCUUCCUAAUGUACAUUAAUGGACCCUGUCUCUACCAGUGGCCUAUGUUCCUCCCGCUGUACGUGUAUCUACAGUUAUCUCACUUUUGUAAUGAUUCCCAGCAUUCCAGGCUUUGUCACUUGUUUUCUGUUUUGUUACAUGUAAAUACGAUAAAGCAGUGCAGAGUUUUACUUAAGGUUUGCUGGUCAAUCUGAAAGGAAGAAACACAGCUGAACAGAGAGACUAUGUUUGCAGUUUGUCCUCUGUUCAUUGCUUUUUAAAUUGAGCAUAAAGUGGGAUAAUUAAUUUUUGUUCUCACUACCAGUGUUUUAUUUAUUUUGACUUGUUUUGCUGGUUAUCACUUUCAAACCAAUGUUCUUAUUGGACAAAACAAUAAAACAUCUUUUAAGAGACUUAAGUGUUUUGAUGAACUGAUACCCAUGACUAUAACAUUGGCACAAAUGAAGUCAAUUAAAUAAAGAAAUCCUGAUGAUGGUAUUUGGACGAUUGCCCAAAACCUUAUGUCAACUGACUCCUGCAAAGCAUGUCCACCUCUGUAAUCUUUAUGCAUUGUAUUUUAUGAAACGAAUCUGACUGUAUUGGUUUAUGUUCAAUUACCUGUAUACUAUGCAUCUGUAUUUGAGCUGUGCCUUCAGUAUAGCUAUUUGCUCAACCUGAGAUUCUUAUUACUGCAAAUAAGACUAACUUAAGUGUUUUUUGGAACAUCCAGCACCUGACAUGACUGUACAAUCUCAUCAUAGGGGUAUAAUAGGUGCCUAUGUUCUACAGAAUACACAGCUAUGAAUAAACAUGCUUGGUAUCAUGA